CCGAUUGUUGACUCGAAUGUCAGAUGUGGAGUCUGUGGGGCUCUUGGAAAGAUUGGUGAAAAAGCAGCAACGAAUGAGGUCAUUACUGCUCUCCUCAAUGCACUUCGAGAUCAACAAUCGGGUGUGAGAGGGGCAGCCUGUGAAACUCUUGCAAAGAUAGGGAAAAAAGCAGCAACGAAUGAGGCCAUUACUGCUCUCCUCAAUGUACUUCGAGAUCAAGACUCGAAUGUCAGACAGAAAGCCUGUGAGACUCUUGGAAGGUUUGGUGAAAAAGCAGCAACGAAUGAGGUCAUUACUGCUCUCCUCAAUGUACUUCGAGAUCAAGACUAGAAUGUCAGACAGGAAGCCUGUGAGACUCUUGGUAGGUUUGGUGAAAAAGCAGCAACGAAUGAGGUCAUUACUGCCUUCCUCAAUGCAUGUCGAGAUCAAGAAUGGUGUGUCAGAUGGGCAGCCUGUGAAGCUCUUGAAAAGAUUGGCGAAAGAGCAGCAACGGAUGAGGUCAUUACUGCUCUCGUCAAUGCACUUCAGGAUCAAGAUUCGGAUGUCAGUGAGGAAGCCUUUGAAUAUCUUGUAUAUAUUGGUGAAAAAGCAGCAACGAAUGAGGUCAUUACUGCCUUCCCAAAUGCACUUCGAGAUCAAGAAAUGUUUGUCAGAUGGGCAGCCUUUAAAGCUCUUGGAAGGUUUGGUGAAGAAGCAGCAACGAAUGAGGUCAUCACUGCUCUCGUCAAUGCACUUCAGGAUCAAGAUUCGGAUGUCAGUGAGGUAGCCUUUGAAUCUCUUGGAUAUAUUGGUGAAAAUGCAGCAACGAAUGAGGUCAUUACUGCCCUCGUCAAUGCACUUCGAGAUCAAGAAUGGUUUGUCAGAUCGGCAGCCUGUGAAGCUCUUCAAAAGAUUGGCGAAAGAGCAGCAACGGAUGAGGUCAUUACUGCUCUCCUCAAUGCACUUCGAAAUGAGUAUGUGGAUGUGAGAUUAAGAGCCUGUAAAGCUCUUGGACAUAUUUUUUGUGAGAAAGCAGCAACGAAUGACGUCAUUACUGCUCUCCUCAAUGCGCUUCGAGAUCAAGACGGGUAUCUCAGUUACGAAGCCCAUAAAGCUAUUGUAAAGAUUUGUGAAAAAGCAAAAACGAGCAUAGUGGCUACUUGCGUGGUUAACGCGGUCAAUGAUGGAAGGAUGGAUAUGAAUGACCAGGACGGGGUAAAUUGUUUUGAACAAGCCAUUUCUUUGUGUCUUGGUAUGAAGGAAUUAAACACAACGAUGAUUAAGAAACUGUAUUUAUGUGUGAUGCACAUGAAUGUUACGCUGAAAAAUAUUGCCUCAGAUCAUUUCAUGAAGCCGUUCGUGGAAACAGAGAAUGUUGCUUGGGCCCCUUUGGUUGCAUAUGGUGCGCUGCUGCAAGGCAGUGCGAUUACUAUUACUGAAAAUAAUGUUAUACGUAUGCACGAUAGUAAAGGUGUAUUGGAAUUUUCGAUUAGUCGACAUGAAUUAUUGGACAGUUUAGUAGAAGCUUGCCAUGAUCUGAAGAGCAGUUUGAUGGGUGGCUCUAUUAGUUGAUGUCGAGCAGAGAAUAAUGCCGGACUCUCAAUAACGAUUGAUGAAACUGUUCGAGUGUGUAGCAGUGACUUAUUAUCGAUAGUACUCUUGUGGUAUCAAUAAACAUUGAUUUGCUUUUUUUUUAUUCAGUAUUGAUUCUUUUUUUGAAGGUUUUCAUAUUCUUACAUGUCAAAAAUAAAUGCGACGUAUCAAUGAUAGCAUUUCUGGUUGAACUAGGGGUGUGGGGUGUGGAUCUGGGUGUGGGUGUUGGUGGGUGUGGGUAGGUGUGUAGCUAGAAUGAAUUCAAAUAGAUAUAAUCAAAUUAUGUAGCUAGCAAGAUCGGUUUCGAUUAGUGCUGAAGUUAAACUUAUCAAUUGCUUUCGUUUGAUUAUAUGAUGUUACUCAAGAAAGUAAUAUCUCUCCUACUGCAAAUAAUAUAGUUAAAAGUUAUAUAGCGAUAACUUCCAAGCUUUUAUCAUUUACAAUAAUAUAUAUUAUCGGGUAAAUAGUAUAAAUAACUAGAAUCCAACAAAUUUUUAAAGAGAUUCUCAAAUUAUGGGUGUGUAGAUAGAAUAAAUUCAAAUAGAUAUAAUCAAAUUAUGUAAUGAUUAUUAAGAAGUUUUAGAUUGAAAGCAUCGACAUGACGCGUUUCGACCUUGCUUAAGGGUCAUCGUCAGGUAUCUUUACAAUCUAUAGUAGAUAUAUCUAGAACUCUCCAAAUACUGAAGUAUUAAUAGACAAGACCGUACUACAUGAGGUCCGAAUAACAAUAUAAAAUUAUUGUAUAGUUCGAUAAGCCGGCAUGACACAUAUGUUCUCUUGUUCAAGGAUCUCUUGUUAUGGAUUAGUAUGUGUUAUUAUAUCGACUAUUGUGGUUUUUAGUAAAUAAUAGGAUAUUGGAAUUAGUAGGAUAGACCCAUAGGUGCAAUAGGAAUAUUUGCACAUAUCUCUGCAUCUAUGAUAGAAUUUAUUUGGAGGCAAUAGGAUGAAUAAGUGUUAAUCUGAAGGACAAAGAUUGAUUUGAUACGAGUCAGUAUGAGCAGUCGUUUUGUUUUGGAAUAGUCAAAAAGGUAACUGCCACAAUGAUUAUGGCACUUACAUUCCGAUUAAAGGAAUAAUGAGCGGACGUUGACUUUGUAGCAUUUAUUUAAAUAUUCGAGAGAUCACAAAGAAAACGCAUUAAUGUUCUCAGAGUUAAAUAUGGUUUGCGGAGGACAUAGUGUGGAAUCAAUAGAUACGCAUGAAAUUGACUAUAGUUCGAAUUAAGGGAGUCUUCGUUUGUUAAACAGUGAGUUCUUUCCGAAUCUUAAUGACGCAAUCUUGCAUAUUAUGUUAGUACCCUUUUACGACUGUGACAUCUAUGUUAAUUGUCGAUUUACAAGUGAAUUCUGUACAAAUGUUGGUAGAUCGCAUUGUAAGAGUGGUUUUAUCUGUACUCUGUCAAACUGAAAUUUCAGAAAAUUGAAACGUGAAUGUAAAUAAAAUUUUGUAGAUAAUAAUUUUGAAUUUUGUUUCGAAAUUUUUUUUAAAAAUUUAUAUGUAAAAUAAAUUAAUGUAGAUACAUCGUCUCUAUUUUUUCUGAGAAAUGCAUGUAGUGGAGUUCAUAUUACAAUGCAAAUACACCAAUCAACUUGAGGAGAUAGUGAGGUAAACAAAUCGUCUUUAUAAAUAUAUAUUUCUCUAUCAUUCUGUUCUAGACACGAUACUUGUCAUAUUUUUUUUCCUUUAAGAGUACGUUCCCUUAUGCAAGAAUGGAUUUCUUUGCAACAUUCGUCGCCACCAUCCACAUUUUUUUUUCUGUCAAUCACCUUUCAGUUGUGUUUUUUCGCGGAGGUCGACGCGCUAAAAUUGUGUUUAAUCGAAAUAAU